GUUGUUUUUCUCGGUUGUAGCUCCAGCUCUUUACAGCUUCGAUCUCCCGGGCCCCGACCGCUGUCUGAGUGCCAGGUGGGGCGCGGAGAGCCAAAAGCAAGUUAUCGGGAGGGGGCUUGCCAGCUUGCAGGAUGCACUUCUUCCUGGACAUCCUCCUGCUGCUGCCCCUGCUACUCGCCGCCUCCCUGGAGUCGCUGGUCAAGCUCUUCAUCCCCAAGAGGAGGAAAUCGGUGGCGGGAGAGGUCGUCCUCAUCACCGGGGCGGGCCACGGCAUCGGGAGGCUGACCGCCUAUGAAUUCGCCAAACUCAAAAGCAAGCUGGUGCUGUGGGACAUCAACAAGCAUGGACUUGAAGAAACGGCUGCUGAGUGCAAGAGAUUGGGUGCCAGGGUUCAUGCUUGGGUGGUGGACUGCAGUAACCGGGAAGACAUCUACAGCUCCGCCAAGAAGGUGAAGGCUGAGGUUGGAGAUGUGAGCAUCUUAGUCAAUAAUGCCGGUGUGGUCUACACAGCAGAUCUGUUUGCUACGCAAGACCCUCAGAUUGAAAAGACUUUUGAAGUGAACGUACUUGCACAUUUCUGGACUACCAAGGCGUUCCUCCCAGCGAUGAUGAGUAAUAACCAUGGCCAUAUCGUCACUGUGGCUUCCGCAGCCGGGCACACCGUGGUGCCAUACCUGAUGGCCUAUUGCUCAAGCAAGUUUGCUGCUGUUGGAUUCCAUAGAGCCUUGACUGAAGAGCUGGCUGCCUUGAAAAAAACCGGAGUCAAGACCACAUGUCUGUGUCCCAAUUUCAUAAACACUGGCUUCAUCAAAAAUCCCACGACCAAUUUGGGACCCACUCUGGAGCCUGAGGAAGUGGUGGGCAAACUGAUGAGUGGGAUCCUGACUGAGAAGAAAAUGAUUUUUGUUCCAUCCAUGAUAAGCCUUCUAACUGUACUGGAAAGGAUCCUUCCUGAGCGUUUCAUGAUAACAUUGAAAAGAAAGAUCAACAUUAAGUUUGAUGCAGUAAUUGGAUAUAAAGACAAAGGACAAUAAAUGCUUGAGUUUUUGGAAAAUGGGUUGACCAGGUUUUAAUCAGAAUUAAAAAAGAAUCAGAAUUUUUGUGAUUAGUUUCCUGCCCUUUUUUUUUUUUUCCCAAUAUCACCUUUUGGAACACUGGCAGCCCUCAUAUUCUUUACUGAAAGAUAAUUUCUCUUAACACAAAAAGAGAACUAUCUUAGGACCUGACCUUAUGGGAAAAUGAAGAAGAAGGAGAAGGAGAAGAAGAAGAGGAAGAAGAAGAAAGAGAAGAGGGAAAAAAAAAAGAACAAAACAGUUGUAUAAAAUUUCUCAGACUUUGUGACUCAUCUGAAGAAUGCCUUACAAAAUGUGUACUGAAUGUGUUUAAAGAUUUUUUUUAAGUCAAUUCUACUUUUCUAAUUGGCAUGAAAACAAAAACUUGCAAGCUGUCAAAACAUAAUGAAGGACUGUGUCUGGUGGCAUUUCACAAUGAAUUUCUGUGCUGUGAGAAAGGGCGCUGGAGCACGGCAUCCUACACAUUACCACUCUGUUUCCUGCAGAUCCCUCCUGUCAAGAGGAAGGUGGAGGAGGACAUGGGGAACUAGCCCCAACCACUGGCUUUGAGAAUGGGGAAAAUACACCAAUCAGUGGCAAUAAUAAUAAUAAAUGGAUGAAACUUA